UGGAAGGGGGGAGGGCUGGUAAACUGCCGUCGUGUUUUUUCGUUGGGAGGGGCCCAUCGGUACCACCACGUGGACAUAUAAGCACGGCUGGGUAGCAUCGAUGGCACACAGUCACUUACAACCCUUUGCUUGCUUCGUGUAUCACGAGACAACGAAGAUUUAAACUCGACUUGAGUCUAAACCAAUUUCGGAAGAAUGCAACUGUUCUUGGUGACUGCAGCUUUGCUGCAAGUUGGUCUCUGCGGUCAUGUGGCUAUUAGGAUGCCAUAUUUAAACCCUGCUGGUGUAACGUACGUCAACAGCGUCCCUGAGGAAUCAUCCCUUGCUUAUGCAGCUACUUAUCAAACUCAGCAACAUUACGGAGCUCCCUUGCAAUACGCUGCACCCUUGCAAUACGCUCAAGCUGCGAUUCCAGCGAAGGUCGAAGCACAUCACGUUGGAUACGCAACGGCACAAGUACCAGCUGUCGCUGCUGUUCCUUACAUCAAACAUGUACCCACCGUAUCUCACGUUCCCGUUACCAGGAUUGAGGCACAACCAGCUGUAUUUGAAAAACAGCUUGAUGUCAUCAAGCCCGCUGUGUCCACGCGUAAAGUAGAGGUACGCCGUCCAGCUAUCCAGAAACAAUUUUACGAUAUUGAAGAACGUGUGAUUAUCAGGCCAGCUGGUUCAGCAGUAGUAGAACUUGACGAACCAACAUCGAAAUCACAGAAAGGACCUGCCGUUAUUCAACCUUUGGCUUAUGAUUCCAUCCACGCACCAAUCCAAGUACCAGCACUUUCUCAUUCCGUUAGUCCAGCUCCUUUCUUCGUUCCCUCUUCAACUCCAGCACCAGCAAUAGCAUCUUCCACUGCUUCUUCGAUCUCCGAAGAAGAAUCUGUUGUAGUAGACAAUCCUGAAUUCCGUAACGCGAACUCUGCACAAAACGAACAACGUCUCUUCAAUCCUGCUGACUUACCUCAGACUAGAAUUCAACCUCAAGUAAUCACUCGUUCUAACGGAGCACCAGUGGAAGAAAACUCUCCAUUCAUUGCUCAUGAUCCAUCCCCAUCUGUUGUUCCUAGUCAAAGAUUAAACGCCGAAGAAAAUAAAUCUAAUCAGAACAGACUUAUCGAACUUCUCACGGCACGUGGUAGUAUUUCUGAGGUUGGAUUCGGUCGUACAGGAGACAUCAGCGGACAGAACAUCGAAGCAGGACACGUACGUGCACGCGUUUUGUCCGCAACUCCUGCACCUGAAAACGCGGAACCAACCGAUCAACGUGUCUCCACUAGACGCGUCGUAGUUAGCAGACCAAUCGAAACUCUUCAAGAAGUCGAUGUCGUUGAACCAGCAACGAAACUCGAAAGAGUAUCUAUUCAACAACCAACUCUAAUUAAAACUGCUCAUUUGGAUCACGUUCAGGUUCAUAGUUCUGUACCAGUCGUCGGAAAAGCCUUUGCACCAGCUGUAGCACAUGCAGCUGUUCCUGUUUAUCAGAAAACUAUUUCACCUGCUUACGAAUAUUAUCAUUGAUUAGAUUCUAUCCUAACUCGGCCGAAUUUCAUAAGUUUGAAAAAAGAUUCGUAUAUAUAUAUAAUAUUUUUUACGAUCUUCUUUUAAAUUUAUCGAAAUAAUUAUGAUACGCGUAUAUAAAUCCAGUGGAAAUCUUGGCUGAUCGUUCAUUCGAAAAGUCUGCAAGGAUUCCAAAUGACGAUUCGUGUAUCAAAUGACUGAUUACAAAAUUUCUGUUCUGUGGGAAUGAUGUUUACUGUUGUAUAAAAAAUCUAGCCAUUAAAGUUAUGAUUAAUUAUGAUCUA